ACUACUUAUUUAAACUCGCGCCUGGCACCCCACUCUUAUACCUUCCACCUGCUUCGCUUUCCUUCUCUGUCAAAGUACACAGACAGCCACAUCUCUAGUCAUGGCCAGUGACAUGGUGCUGUACUGGGGCUCUGGCUCCCCACCUUGUUGGAGAGUCCAAGUCGUUCUGGAAGAGAAAAAGCUGCAGGGCUAUAAGAGCAAACUGCUCUCCUUCGAGAAAGGUGAACAUAAAUCAGCAGAGGUGCUGGCGCUGAACCCCCGAGGCCAGCUGCCCACUUUUAAAGAUGGAACCACUGUCAUAAAUGAAUCCCUUGGUAUCUGCUUGUAUUUGGAGAAUAAAUACAAGACUAAGGGCACACAGCUCAUUUGUGACGAUCCAAAGGAGUAUGCAGCAGUUUACCAGAAAAUCCUUGAAUCCAACAAUAUAAUUCAAAGAAUAGGUGAUAUUAUGCAGUAUUCUCGCAGAGUUCCUGAGAGUGAGCGUACUGAAGCAGGUCUGCAGAGGCUUAUGGAAGCUCUGUCUGAAGAACUAAAGUUCUGGGAAGGGUAUGUCCAAAAGAUGGGUGCAGGGUCCCAUAUAGCAGUGAAGAAUUUCACAAUGGCAGAUGCAGUUAUUUUUCCCAUUAUUGCAGCGCUGUUCCGAUUCGGGGUUUCACAAGACAAGUACCCUAACCUGGCAAAGUACUACAAUUCAGUGAAGAGCAGACCCUCUAUCCAAGCUACAUGGCCACCUCAUUGGAAGGAAAAUCCUGAUGCAGUUAUGGAUAUGCUGAAAAAUGUAUAACUUGUGUGCUUUGUUAAAACAGAUAAGAAAUAUAUGUAGUACAGUCUGAUAUUGUUUAAUGUUUAGUAAUUUAUAGUAAUUUUAAAUGUGCAUCUCAGGUUUUAGAAAAUGUUUUGUCUAGACUGGAUACAUGUAGUCCUGAUUAUGGGCUGUGAAAUACUAGUACCUGUUUAUACAAUACUGUUAAUAUUUGACUGACAAUAAAUGCUUUUAAUAGUUAAUUUA